CUCGAUUUUCGGUAUCGGCUAAAUCCAACGAAUUCGCGGCCAUCUACACUAUCGUUACGUACGUAUCUCAUUCGUGCCAACGAUCCGUAAUGACUGUUAUCUAGGGACCUACUUCUUUAUCAUGAUCCUAUGCAGAAUAAGCACAACGAGGCGUUCGAAAGAUUUGUUUAUCUUUACGAUUUCAAGGAUAGAAACUUGACCGCCAACGUGGUGGGUAAUAUGCAAGAGCAUCUUCGCCAACUACUAGCAAUCAAAUCACAGAUAUACUCUCUUGCCACUGAGCUCGGUUUCAUUUUCGAGGGCAUCUCGCGUGUACAGGCCAGGAGGGAGGACUCAGAUAAUCUAGAAACAUUCGCUAUUCGUCUCGAUGCAGUCUCUUCUGACAUCUCGUGGAAUAUGGCGGACAGAUAGUUCUAUGAGUAAUCGGGUCUUAGUGGAUGAUCUUCAAGGCCUUAAUGGGUCACCGAAUGCAGUCU